CUUGAAUAGACUCACCCCUCUGUAUGUUCAUACUGACUCCAACCUUGGAUACCGCAUGUUAUUGAUCUGUACCAGUGUCACCCCUAUCUCUACACCAGAGGAGCUACCGGUUUCUAGUCCAGAACCCUCUCUGUCUUCCCUUGAUACUUCCUCAUCACAACCUCGUUUUGCUUGUCAUUACCCGCAAUGCGGUAGUACAUUCAACCGACGCGCCGACCGUGAUCGUCAUGCAAGGGUACAUGAUGGUGUAAGAGAGUAUGUCUGUCCGAAGACGAACUGCCUAAAGGAGUUCUAUCGCAAGGAUAAGCUCCAGGGACAUUUGGAGAACGGACACUAGAUCGAGCGGAACUCAUGUAUUUUAUCACAUCAAGGGAAAUGUUAU